AUGGACCUAGAUGAAAUUGAUAAGGUGAAGAUACAUGAAAAGGCUUUUAAAAGGAUGAGUAAUCUCCGUUUUCUAAAAUUCUAUAAAAGGUCAUUGCAACCGAAGAAAGAAGUUAGAUGGCAAUCACCCAAAACACUCAAUGAUUUUCCGGAUGAACUCAAGUUACUAAGUUGGCCAGGAUAUCCUAUGGAAUGCAUGCCUUCUAAUUUUUGUCCUGAAUAUUUGGUUGAACUCAAUAUGCCUAACAGCAAGCUUAAAAAGCUAUGGAAAGAAGUUGAGGAGCUUACAUACCUGAAGGAUAUGGAUUUGUCAGGAUCUAAAAGCCUGAAAAAGAUUCCAGAUCUUUCAACGGCGACCAAUCUUGAGACAUUGAAUCUUCACGGUUGUUCAAGCUUGGUGGAGCUUCCUUCUUCCAUUCAAAGUCUUAAUAAACUGACGGAUUUGAACAUGUCUGGAUGCACAAAUCUGGAGACACUUCCAAAUGGAGCCAACCUGAAAUCUCUAGUUCGCCUCGUUCUCACUGGUUGCUCACAGUUGAAGGUUUUCCCAGAUAUUUCGAGUAAAAUCGAAUCCAUCAUUGCCAACAAGACAGCUUUUGAAAGUUUUCCUUCUAAAUUGCGUCUUGAGAAUCUUGUUGAACUUCGCAUGGAGCACAGCAUGAGUCGAAGGUUAUGGGAGGGAGUUCAGCCUCUUACAAGCCUCACAAAGAUAAUGUUGUCCGGAUCACAAAACCUGAAAGAAAUCCCAGAUCUUUCACUGGCAACAAGUCUAGAGACACUAAAUCUCAAUGGUUGCUCUAGUUUGGUGGAGCUAACUUGUUCAUCAAUUCAGAAUCUUAAUAAACUAACCACCUUGGAAAUGACAGGAUGCUCAAGUCUAGAGACUCUCCCAACUGGCAUCAACUUGAAAUCUCUCUACCGCCUCAACCUCAAUGAAUGCUCGCGGUUGAAGAGUUUCCCUGAUAUCUCAGAUAACAUCUCAACCCUCAAUCUAAACCAAACAGCGAUAGAAGAAGUUCCUCCAUGGAUCGAAAACUUCUCCAAACUUGAAUCCUUGGAAAUGUGGAAAUGCAAAAAUCUAGCGACUCUUCCAACUGGCAUCAACCUAAAAUCUCUCUAUCGCCUCAAUCUCAGUGGAUGUCCACUGCUGAAAAGUUUUCCAGAUAUCUCAAGCAAUAUCUCCACUCUUUAUCUUAACCAAACAGCCAUUGAAGAAGUCCCUCCUUGGAUCGAUAACUUCUCUAGCCUUGAAGCCCUGGAAAUGUGGGAAUGCAGACAGCUAAGAUGCAUCUCACCAAACAUCUUCAAGCUUGAAAACCUUGGCGAGAUUUUCUUCUCGGACUGCGAGCAUUUGGCUGAAGUUAGCUUGCUAGACUGUCCGCAGGAGGAAGCAGGAGACACCAGUAAUACUUGCACUAAGUUGUCAUUGAUAAGUUUCACCAACUGCAUAAAUUUGAAUCAAGAAAACUUCAUUCAACAAUCAGCUUCCAAGUAUCUGAUCUUACCAGGUGUUGAAGUGCCCCCUUACUUUACACACAGAUCUGCUGGGAGCAUCUUUAACAUCCCUCUACAUCAUUCUUCUCUUUCUCAACAACCAGCCUUCAACUUCAAGGCUUGCGUCGUGGUUUCUGAUGUCGAUGCGAUUUCUGAAGGAACAGAAACCGCCAACCAUAAUCUUUGCUUUAUAGACAUUGAGGUACAUUGCCGGUUUAAAGACAGCCACGGGAACUACUCUGGGUCAACAGAGUCAAUAGAUUUCUCCUUACCUCAAGAGUAUGAUCAUCUGAUUAUAUUUGACUGUCCUUUCCGUCAAAACCAAGACAGCGGUGAAUCGAAUUGCGAACAAGUUGAGAUAGAGUUUAGUCUUGUUAGUACAGGGCUCAGACUAAUAGGAUGUGGUUUAAAAUGCCAAUGACUGCAUGUACCAUCUUCUUGUUAGUACCUAUUGGCCACUGUAACGUUUUUCAUACAUAUAUGGGGUUAAAAAUCAAAGUUUAAU